UCGAAUCAAUCAUCUAUUCGAUGUUUACUAUCCGUUUGUUCCGAUUCCAUUUCCACAUUUUCACUUUCGUUUCACUCAGUUCUCCUAGGAUCUCUUGCGUUGCCGCGUCACGAUUCGGCAAUGCGAGAGAUUCCCUCGCUCUUCGCUGAAAUCGAAUCGUUUAAUUCGCAGGACAAUAUUUUUAUUUUCAUUACAUUAUUAUUUUCAUUUUUCGGUGGUGUCACAAUGAAUUUUUUGAUGCGGUCUACGACGGGCGUGUACGGAGAGCGUUCGGCGAUUCCGCUUCCGGAGCCUCGUGCUGAUGCGCAUCAUAAUAGGUCUGCAUCCGCUGGAUCUUCUUUGGAGACUCUCGUGUCUGAUGAUCCAUAUGCACGCCAUGAUGCUGAGGUUGAUCGCGGCAUGAUCAAUAAGCACGUGGAUGUUGCCGAGGAUGAAGGAUGGAUUACCAUUCCGUGCAAGGUACUUCCUGAAAACUGGAAUUGUGCACCAGAUAUACAGUCUCUGCACUCCCUUGACCGUUCCUUUCUUUUACCUGGUGAACAAGUUCAUAUCUUGGCAUGCUUGUCUGCAUGUAAGCAGGAUACAUCUUCAUUUAAAGUUGCAGCAGCAACGAGUGAGAAUGACACAGGUCACAGCCCCAAGAAAGAAAAUGGAACCAUUGAAAACAGAAAUAAUGCAGUGUCUGGAGAAGGGGAACUAGGUACCAGUGUUGAAGAGCAGCUGGAAGAUGUUUCGGAUGGUGAAUCCCUUGUUCAAAAAGAGAUUCUCAAAAAACAAACUGCAUUAUUGUUGCAAAAGUUUGAAAAUUCUCACUUCUUUGUGAGGAUUUCUGAGUCCAAUGAUCCCCUUUGGUCCAAAAGAAGCUCUUCAGAAGUUGUUUCCAACUCUUCUGAUGCAAAUAAUGGAAAGGCCUCAACAAUCAAAUCUGAAGAGACUUCAUUGUCUUCUAUUAGUGCCGUUAUUGAUAGAGGAAGUUUUGAUUCAAAUGUUUCUGGUGGAGUGGCAAGAAAUUCUGUGAAGUGUUGUGCUUUACCUAAUGGAGACAUAGUGGUUCUUUUACAGGUGAAUGUUGGUGUUAAUUUUCUUUCAGAUCCUUGUAUAGAAAUUCUUCAAUUUGAAAAGCAUCAGGAGAGAAGGUCAUCUUCUUUCAGCAAGGUGGAUCCAGUUUAUACAAAUCAGGAUUCGUGUGUGGAGCUGUUAAAUUGGAUAAUUCCAUUGGAUAGUGGGAAACCUUCUAAUUGCCCACCAUCCCCUUCUCAUUUAACUUCAACUUCGGGAUAUGGUAGCUCCUCUCAGAGAUCCAACAUUUCUGGAUCAUCUAGCUCUCAGUUAUUCUCCUUUAGCAAUUUCAGAAGUUACUCCAUGUCAUCAAUACCACAAACUAUGACCACUCCGGCUGCUCCUGUUAAAGCAGCUAGUUCUAAGCCAGAUUUUGACUUUGAGGAGUGGGAUCAAAUAUCAUCUCAGAAAUAUUUACGGAAAAAAAGGGGGGUGGAAGGACUUUUAUCUUUUCGAGGUGUUUCAUUGGAACAAGAUAGAUUUUAUGUUUGUUGUGGAUUAGAAGGCAUAUAUACACCAGGAAGAAGAUGGAGAAGGAAACUUGAAAUAAUACAACCCAUACACAUUCAUUCUUUUGCUGCCGACUCCAAUUCAGAUGAUCUUCUGUGUGUUCAGAUAAAGAAUGUUGCUCCUACACAUGCUCCAGAUAUUGUGAUAUUUAUAGAUACCAUAACUAUUGUUUGUGAGGAGUUUACAAAAAAUGGAUCACUGUCGUCGUUGCCAAUUUCAUGUAUUGAAGCUGGAAAUGAUCAUUCUUUACCAAAUCUAGCCCUCAGGAGAGGUGAAGAGCACUCCUUUAUUGUUAAACCAUCAACUUCUACGUGGAAGGGUCUCAAGAUUCAGGAUGAUAGAAGUUCUCAAUUGUCAAAGUUGCAGUUUGGAAAUAAAACAUCAAAAAUAAGUCUCAACAGAUGGAAGGCUGCUUUAACUUAUGAUCAGUAUUCAAUUAUGGUGUCAUGUCGAUGCAAUUAUACAUUAUCAAGGUUGUUUUUUAAGCAACCAACCAGUUGGCGACCACGUACCUCAAGGGAUAUAAAGAUAUCUGUUUAUUCCGAGAUGUCAAGACAGUCUCCUGCAGCUCAAGAAAAAACCUACAGACUUCCUGUACAGAUCUUAACUCUUCAAGCUUCAAAUUUGACCUCUGAAGAUCUAACUUUGACAAUGCUUGCUCCAGCCUCAUUUUCUUCACCCCUUUCAGUAGUCUCCCUGAAUUCACCAACGACUCCAAUCAGUCCUUUUAUUGGUUUCUCAGAGAUUUUAGGAAGAGAAAAUGGUGAAAGAGGAAUCAGUGCCACCCAGGGACAAAGACGAAGUUUCACUUCUCUUGUAAAAGAUAAUGAGAAACAAAGUUAUGAUGGCAAAGCUCAGGCAGCUACCAUGAGUGAUGAUGUCAUUCCUAGUUCUGGUCUUAGUUGUACACAUCUAUGGCUGCAGAGUAGAAUUCCACUAGGAUGUAUUCCAUCUCAAUCCAUUGCCACUAUCAAGCUUGAACUACUUCCAUUGACUGAUGGCAUAAUUGUGCUGGACACUUUGCAAAUUGACGUCAAGGAAAAAGGUGUUACCUAUAUCCCUGAAUGCUCAUUAAAGAUAUAUGCAACUUCCAGUAUUUCCAAGGGGACUAUUUAGAUUGGACGUAUAGAUGGUUGCAUUCUUCUCGGGUGCAGUAGAAACAAAAACGGAUGAUUUGCUUACCUAAAGUUUAGAAUUGCUCUUGCAACUUACUCUUAAUGGGACAAAAUGGGUAAUUUGCUUUCCUGGACUUCAAAUUGAUCUUGCUACUUACUGUCAAUAGCACAAAAGUAGUUAUCUUCUGUUAGUCAGUUUAGAACUCUGAUGGGAGUUGGCAUGUCAAUUUGUGUUGAAUAUAGUUUCACUAUUGCAUUGUAAACCACGAGCUUAAAUUAAAGCUUGUAACAUACCUCUUUAAGGGGAAGAAUGUAAUCUUUAUAUAUUGUUGUGAGAACUCUUCAGAGUGAAGACAAGGCAGCGCCUCUUUGAUAUAUUGCGCCUCUUCACCACAGCUCAGGUUACUCCACUCCAAAACCUUGUCCGGUAAAAUAGCUGUUGUGCCUUAUUUCUAGUUAACUACCCUCGUCUUAAGUAUUGCCCUUUCCAUAUACAUUAUGAUCUUCCAAUAACAGACUUUAAAGAUACUUAGAUUUCGGAUGAAUAAUAUUUAAGUAUAUUUUAGUUUGUCUAUUAGAGAUUGAACCGUUGAUUUGAUUAUGUUCAAUGUAGCAUUUGACGUAUCACAUAUGCUCGAAACAGAAUGGAAAUGUCUAUUUU